AUGGCGGACGACUCAGCAGUUGAAGAGACCAAGCAGACGGUCAUCCAGCGCUUCCGGGCCUGGGGAGAAAACUCAUUCCCGCCGACGCUUCUUGCCUCGCUGAUCGCAGCCCAGCAUAUGCGCCCGUUCCAGUUCUUCCCGAUGCUCUUCCCACCGGCGCUGAUCUUCACCAGCUAUGCGAACCUGCAGGGCUUCAAGACGGAUACUGCGGGUAUGAGCGCAUCCUUCUCGGGACUGUAUUUGCUUCUGGCAGCCCGCCGUCGGCAACCCUUGAUGAAGAAAUUCGGCGUCCGGGGCGUCGUGCGUGGUGCUACCAUGGCUUUGGCUUUGAUGAACAUGGUUGGUGGUGGACUGGCAUAUACCCUUGGCAAGAGAGAGGAGGAAGAAAAUGAGUCCUGA